AUGGCUGACACCCCAUCUAGUACUGCUGUGGCGACGGCUAGCAAUGAUCAACUCGUCGGUGUUGGUGGCAACAGCUAUACUCGAGCGUGGAUGGCAGAGGUUAUGUUUGAGAAGUUCAAUGUUCCGGCUUUUGCUGUCAUGAAUACAGCAGCCCUCUCCUUGUUCUCCACCGGUAUACCCACGGGGCUAGCGGUCGACAUCGGGGAAGGGGUUACUCAUGCCACACCGGUUUUCCAAGGAUUUGCCAUCCCUCAUGCUACCUUCCGCUUGGACAAGGCUGGCAUGGAUAUAACUGAGCAAUUGCAGAAGCUUAUAUCCCAACGUCAACCUACUAUCGCUUCCAAGGUGGCCGGGAUAGCAAGGUCGGGCCGCGAGUAUUUCAUGUAUGCUGAUAUGAAGGAAAGAUUCUGUCGAUUCCAGACGGCUCAUACUCAGAACAGAGGACAGAUCCAGGCUGAUUCUACUGCGAGCUGCAAGGAUGGCUAUUUCGAACUUCCAGAUGGGAGCAUCGUUCAGAUCGAUGAAGAUUGUUGCCUGGAUGCUCCUGACGUGUAUACCGAUCCUUGA